UUGUGAUUCUCACCUAUGAAAUUUCAGCAUCAUUGCCGGAGGUGUGGGGGCAUUUUCUGCAAUAGCUGUACCCAGCAGAGAAUGGUGUUACGCGGACAAGGUGACUCACCGGUGCGUAUAUGUGAACCCUGCAAAAGAUUAGAAGAGGCUGCACGUUUUGAAAUGCGAUAUGGGCACAAAAGUAGAGCGAAAGGAGGGAGCUCAAGACUUGCAUCAAAGAGUGAGGAUGAAGCUUUAAAUCAGCUUCUGGGAAAAGAAACGGCCUCUGAUGUUUUUCCCCUUGAUCAACAGUCAGCAAGCACUGCAUCUGGUUCAAAUGUUCUAGAUUAUUCUAGUAAAGAUGAGGUUGGAAACAGAAGCGUGAAUCAAACUGAGCAGCAGUCUGAAAUGGAAUCCACUACUCCUGAAGAAUUACGUCAGCAUGCGAUGGAAGAAAAAAAGAAUUACCGAACCCUAAAGGCUUCAGGUAAGCCUGAAGAAGCGCUAAGGGCUUUUAAGAGGGGUAAAGAACUUGAAAGGCAGGCUGCUGCUUUGGAGAUUUCUCUAAGGAAAAAUCGUAAAAGGGCAUUAUCUUCCAGUAAUGUCACUGAGACCCAGCAAGAUGCUGAUGACCGCGAAGCGUCUGGUAGGAAAAAUAAGCUCUCUCCUCAAAUUACCAAAGAGAAGGAUGAUCUUGCUUCUGAACUCAGAGAACUGGGAUGGUCAGAUAUGGAUCUUCGUACUGCUGACAAAAGGCCAGCAACCAUGAGCCUUGAGGGUGAACUUUCUGCGCUUCUUGGAGAAGUUUCCGGAAAGGCCAAUCCUGAAAAGAAAAUUCAUGGAACUGAAAAGUCACAGGUCAUUGCUCAUAAGAAAAAAGCUCUGGAGUUGAAGCGGGAAGGGAAACUUGCUGAAGCCAAAGAAGAAUUGAAGAAGGCUAAAAUUCUUGAAAAGCAAAUAGAAGAGCAGGAACUGUUGGGUGGUGAUGAAGAGUCUGAUGAUGAGCUUUCUUCUUUACUACAUGGUCUGGAUGCUGAUAAAUUUGAUGAUUUAUCUACUGGAUAUAAACCAGAUUCUAGUUAUGAUUUUGACAACCUUCUGGGAAUUGCUGAUGAUCUUGGUACACAUGGUAGUUUUGAAGUAACUGAUGAUGACAUGUAUGACCCAGAAAUAGCAGCUGCCUUGAAAUCAAUGGGCUGGACUGAAGAUGCCGCUGAAUCUGAGGUUUCAGAAAAGCAAUUCCAGCCUGUUGAUAGGGAAGUGUUACUAAGUGAAAUUCAGUCACUUAAAAGAGAAGCCCUUAGCCAGAAAAGGGCUGGUAAUACUAAGGAGGCAAUGGAAUUUCUAAAGAGGGCAAAAACACUGGAGAGCGAGCUUGACAGUUCUGAUUCUCGGGAGACUAACAUGAAGGUACAGCAUCCUGUGGCAAUCCAGAAGGAACAUUUUCCUUCAGCUGAAGAACAACUAAAUAAUGGUGAAGAGGAUGUCAGAAAGUACAUCGAAAGGAAAGACAAGGAGCACAAAGUGGCACCAAAGAGUAGAUCAGUGAUCCAGAGAGAACUUCUUAGUAUUAAAAAGAAGGCUCUUGCUUUAAGAAGGGAAGGAAGGCUAGAUGAGGCUGAAGAAGAAUUGAAUAAAGGCAAGAUUCUUGAGAAGCAACUUGAAGAUAUUGAUAAUCCACCAAAAUUCGUGCAGCCCAUUGCUGGGAAUAAGCUGGAUGAAAGUGUUGCAGAUAUUGAUGCUGGAGAUGAAGAGGCAGAGGUUACAGAUCAAGACCUGCAUGACCCAACUUAUCUUUCACUGCUUAAUAAUUUGGGCUGGCAGGAUGAUGAAAAAGCUAAUGUUCCAUCUGCGUCAUUUCAAGGGAAAAAUAAUGUUUCUCAUCUUAGCUUGUCCCUAACUAAGGAAGCUACGAGUAACAUCCAAGCUCGAGUGUCUAACAAAAGUAAAGGUGAAAUCCAGAGGGAACUUCUGGGCUUGAAACGAAAGGCACUCACAUUGAGACGCCAAGGAGAGGCAGAGGAGGCAAAGGAAGUGCUGAAAGCGGCUAAAAUGUUAGAAGAGCGAUUGGCUGAAAUUGAAGAAUCUAUGUCUAACGGAGUUCCAACCGAGUCAAAUGAGCAGAAAGAACAUAAAGCUAUUGGUUCAUCCCUUGAGAACUCACAGUUUCCUCCAUCUGGUUCACAAAAGAGCCCAAUUGAGGACAUGGCAAGCAAAGUUACUCGUACUCCUGAGAAGCCAGAGGAGGUCGCUCAAUUAGAUGAGAAACCAUGCACCUCUGAGUCAAAAACUGCACAGGAAGCUAAUUCUCAGCUUGAUCGAAAUUCCCUUCCUCAAGAUAUACUGGCUCGCAAGAAGAAAGCAGUUGCCUUCAAGCGAGAAGGGAAAGUGGCAGAAGCCAAGGAGGAACUUCGGCAGGCAAAACUUUUAGAGAAGCGCCUUGAGGAGGAAAAGAAUCUGGGUACUACUAGUUCGACAGUCUCGGCUGGUCCUAAUACCUCGCAUGUUGGACAAAAGGAAGUUAGUCCAAACAAAGUUCCUAAUAUAUCUCAAGUUGGACAGAAAGAAGUAAGUCCAGGCUCAGGUCUAAAGCCAUUGUCUGGACGUGAUCGGUUUAAAUUGCAGCAGGAGUCUCUCAGCCACAAACGAAAAGCACUUAAGUUACGAAGGGAAGGUAGGACUGAAGAAGCCGAUGCUGAAUUUGAAUUGGCAAAAGCUAUUGAGAGCCAGUUGGAAGAAGUGUCUUCGCAAGAUACAAUGAGGUCUUCUGACCCCACAGCUGAAUCAGCAGAGGAUGUCAGUGUUGAGGAUUUUCUUGAUCCUCAGCUUUUCUCUGCUUUAAAAGCAAUUGGAAUUGCAGAUACCGCUAUUGUAUCCCGAGGCCCUGAAAGACAGGAAAUGAAAAAACCUUUAACUGUGAAUACUGAUAGGACUGGCACUAUUGCCUCUCAAAUCCUUGAAAGACCAGAGCCAAAACUAUCUGAAGCAGGUGUAUCUGAUGAAUCUUCCAAUGAGAGGAAGUAUUUGGAAGAGCGGAUAAAGGCAGAGAAAUUAAAGGCGUUAAACUUGAAACGUUCCGGAAAGCAGGCAGAGGCCUUGGACGCCCUUCGACGGGCUAAGAUGUUUGAAAAGAAGUUGAGCGCUUUAGCUUCAUAACUGUGAAGCUGGUAUAGUGUUUGUGUUUGGACAGGUUUUUACACUGUAUAAACCAACGAUAAGCAUGACAAGAGUUGGAAUGAUGGACCAGGUACUUCUCUCAUGUACGCUGGUUAAGUCAUUCCAAUAGAUGAGCUCAGUGAGUGUUGGAAGAACCGAAACAUUAUAAACCAUUUGAAUGCCCUAAUGAUGUGCUUUGUAUGGUGACAUGUAUAAUUAUUCUUUCUUAACUAUUUUUUUUGAGAAUGAGAUUAUAGUACUUCAUCCCCUAAUUUAGAAUUGGCUGGGGAUGCUUGUAUUCUACUUGAUUGUUCUUUUAGGGUUUUUUCAUCUUUCAUUGUAAUGUAACGUUGGAGAUUCGUGAUAAUGCAUGUAACUAUUUGUUGCGGUA